UCUGCAGCUUCACACUACAAAAGAGUGAUAUCGAAGACUAGGUUAGAGAAAACCAUAAAAAAGAAUGCUUGCAUAAGGAUUUUAAACGGGGGAAAGAAAACAGGAGAGAUUUUUAGUGACUUUUUAAAUAAUUGGGUUAUGAUGGAUUCACUCCUGUAAUUACAGUGGAUGGUGUGGGCACGGAAAAAAAAAUAGAAAAGAAAAGGAAAACGUAGAGUAAAAUACAACAGCGAGUAAGGAAUUUCCUUUCACCAAAUUGUCUCCGGUCCCUUAAUGGUCUGUAAAUCUUGCUGAGUACUUUGUGUACGGUCCCUAGCAUGGUGAUUUGCAUCCCACUGUCGGCCUCGCUGUUGGCCGCCGCUUGCUGCUGUCUCAGUCCACUUCUGGCUGAGAAAGAGGCAAUCCCUGGUCUGUCCUUUUACCAAUGCCCAGUGGGUGACAGGCUCUUUCCCAGAAGUUGAACGGAGCUACGCUGGCAGAUCCCUCUCUCCCAAGUCAAGUGGCCUCUCUGGUAAUGGACUGCCUUUCUGUGAGCUUGCAUCCUGACCAGGCUUUCCAAAUCUAGCCUGUGAAGCGAGAUAAGAAAAAUCCCACAGAAGAAAAAAAAAUGACCGAAGAAUCCACAAAAGAGAACCUGGGAGCUCCAAAAUCUCCCACACCUGUGACAAUGGAGAAAAACCCCAAGAGGGAAGUUGUGGUCACCACGGGACCCUUGGUCAGCGAGGUUCAGCUGAUGGCCGCCACCGGGGGUGCCGAACUCUCCUGCUACCGCUGCAUCAUCCCCUUUGCCGUGGUGGUCUUCAUCACUGGGAUUGUGGUCACCGCUGUGGCUUACAGCUUCAAUUCCCAUGGUUCCAUCAUCUCCAUCUUCGGCCUGGUCCUUCUGUCCUCCGGACUGUUUUUACUAGCCUCCAGUGCCUUGUGCUGGAAGGUGAGACAAAGGAACAAGAAAGUCAAGAGACGCGAGAGUCAGACCGCUCUUGUGGUAAAUCAGAGGUGCUUGUUUGCUUAAGACUGAGUAAGAGCAAACGCGAACGCUCACCCGCCCACACUGCUCUAACUCAGUGAACUCAUUCAUAGGAAACCAGCCCGGUACCGGAUGAGCUCAACUUUCGAAUGAACUACCAAAAUGAAAAAUAGGGCAUAGAGAGGACUGAAAAUGAGGGGUCAAGACGGUUCCCCCUUGGUAGGGAAUAACUCAUCUUUAACGACAAACUUAACCCUAAGGGCUAUUUCUAACACAGACAGAGGAAUCAGCUUGCUUUUCCUGUUAAACGUUUAGGGAGUGUGGGAGAUGCACAGCAUUAAAUAACAGUUGGUUCCAUUUAGAAAGUACCCAAGGGAAGAAUGGACAAAUAAUGAGAGCCCUGGCAAGUGGUGUUAUAAAAACGUUCCACCAAAAGCCUACAUUGGCUUGGCAUUCCCACGUACCUAAGAAGUUCUGUUAUAUAUAUACAUAUAUAUUUUUUCCAAUAAGUUGAUUCUUUGCCCCCCCCUUUUUAAAAGAAUUUUCACUUUCAGUAACAUCACUAGAGGUACUUUAUUUUGAAGAAUAGACUAAUAUUUUUUAUAUUUUAACAAUGGACAAUUGUAGAUGGUUGUAAUGAUAUGUCAGAAGAAAACAGAAAUGUAGGUAACACAGAUGACACAGGGACAGUUAAAUUAAUAUUGAAAUAAUCCAAUCUAGCACCUUUGAUGGCUUUUAUACAAAAGUUCAGUGUGCAUUUCACUCAAAAUAAUAAAUGCUCAUGGCUGCUGAAACUU